CUGUCUCUCUCGAUCAUUUCCCGUUCUCUUUCUAAAAUGGUGGGGAUAAAAAUAUUUACUAUGUGAAGCAGAAUUGCUCGCUAAGUGAGGUACUACCGUAUACAUAUUUUCCUGUUAACUGUUUUGGUGACUUUACCGUUAGAUGACACCAUCAGUCCCCAUCGCGCUUUCAUAUGGGUUUUUAGUAGAAUAAACAAUAUUUUGCUGAUAAACUUAUAAAAAUAACACCAUAUUUUAUCCGAUUGAUUUUAAUUGGGUGAAAAUUGAUCGAUCCAUUUUGUAUAUUGUUGACUCAGUUGAAGAAAGCAAACAUUGUUGAAAUUGAUUGUGGAUAUUUCAUAACCUAUAAUACUGGACGACGUUUUCAGACAACAAAUUAUGGAUAAAUAGAAAAUAACAACUUAAACCUGAAUGACAAUUAAAUUCGUCGAGGUGACGCUGAAAUUCUCGAUAGAUGUCGAAUUGAAAAAUCGAUGACAUAAAAGAAGUAAUUGAACUGAGUAUGAAAAUGGAAAAAAAAUGUGGCAAUAUAACGAAAUCAUUUAAAAAUGAAUAUUUCUUAGUAUAGUAACAACGUGAUUAUCACCACAACAUUUACUUGUUAUAUUACAUUUACCACCAUGUCUGGUAAAGGCAAGCAAAGUUCUAAGAAAGCUGUCGUCAAAGUCAGGGAAAGUGGAAAAACUGUUCAAUCUUCAACGCUUAAUUCUGACACAAGCUCGGAAAACAUGGAGACAACUAUGUCUCUGUCUGUUUUAAAAAUUAUUGACAACAGUCGUGUUCUUCCAAGAUAUACUAGUAUUCUACAACGCAAUAUAGAAGAAGGUGUUGGAAUGGAAGACCUUGAUACACUACAAUUAGAAUUAGAAAUGCUUCUAUCAUCUGUUGUUGUACGACAUCGUAUGAUUCAAGAGGAGAUAGCGAACUUAUCAUCAGCAGAAGAACGCAGGGACAGAAGAUCCAAGAGUGGUAAAGGUCUUUCCCUUCUGGACAAGAAAGUUAGAGAAGAAAAGUUUAAACCAAAGGAACUUAACACUAAAACUCAAUCGCCUUUACCAGCAAAGUUGUUUAAACAAAAAGCUGUAACUAGUUCAAAUUCUCAGGUCAUUCCAAAUGUCCAUGAAAUGUCUAGAAUUGAAGGUUCAAAAUCUGAAUCGCCAAAGUUACUUCUACCAAAAAAUGAUACUCCAAACAAAUUUUGGGCAUCUGUUGACCCAUACUGUACAGAUAUUAUGCCCGAUGACAUAAAGUUAUUGGAAGAAUUAAUUACUACACACAAUGAUAUCAGUGAGUUUAAAAAAAUUCCUCCAUUAGGUCGACACUAUAGUCUAAUAUGGGCUCAUAAUGAUUUGCUGCAAGAAGAGGAUGCAGCCAAUCCUAAUAGAGACAAAAAGAAAAGUCGUUCCGAUGUAUCUCUGUUAGUUGGGAAAAAUGAUAAAAAAGCACACAGUAUAGCAGGACCUCUUACACAGAGAUUAGUCUCUGCUUUAUUAGAAGAAAAUGUGUAUGUCGCAAAUAACAAUACAGAUAAUAAACUUUUCAGGGAUAGUGACCCCCCUGUUUUAAGAGACCUUACUAUUCAAAACUCCAUUAAUUUAGAAUUAAGAAUGCACAAAGAACUCGUUGAACAAGGAAUAUUAGAGCCAGAUGCACAGAAGAAAGGACAAGACGACGACGAAAUUUUGAUGGAAAUUAAAAGAUGUCAGCAAGAACUUACUGCACUUUCUAAUCAUAAUGUAAUGCAAUUGAAAAGACUGCUGAAUUUGGCACAAGAAGAGAGUAAACGUCAAGCAUUAAAAAGAAAAAUUAGUACAGCAGAUGGUGAGGUGAUAGAGCAUUACAAAAAAUUAAUGUUAUCAAAACAAAGGAAAGUGCCAUUAACAAAGAAAGAACAAGAAAAGGCAUGGGCCUGUUUACGAGAGAGGGAAAACCUUCUAGAUCAACUUAACAUGUUACCUCAUAAUAAUUUAGGAGAACCACAAAUAGGUUUCGGCAAAACUGUAAAUUAACUUUUUUUUACAAUAUCGUACAUUAUGAUGUCUACAUACAAAAAUUUUCGAAUGUUAGUUUUAUUUCUAAACUACAAUGUUCAAAGUUAAUUGAAAACCGCGAUGAAUAUCGUUUUUAAAUGAAUGAAGACAAAAGACU